AUGGUUGAUUUUGAUUUGAAUAAGAUAGGUAUUACCUUCCGUAAAAAAGACAAGGAGAAUCCGUUUGUUACUCCUGAAGAAGAAGAGCUUGAUGCUUCCGAAUUUGAAGAGGAUGAAAUUAUUCCAAAGAAGACAAAAAGUAGAAGACCUAGAGAAGAUGCGUUUACUCAGCAGCGGUUAGCAUCCAUUAAUCCUGUCUUGACUCCUAAGACAGUAUUACCCGUGUAUCUGCUAAUAGGUAUAGUAUUUGUCAUUGUUGGUGGUUGUCUAUUAGCAAUAAAUUCAAGAGUGGAUCAAUUUACCAUAUUUUAUCAGGAUUGUAUGACAGCAGCACCCAGUGAUGGGACAUUUUCAGAUAUGCCUGAGUCACAUUAUGAAUUUUACUUCCAUAAAAAUAAGACAUUUGACGUGGCCCCACAAUGGAGGUUCGUAGACGAUACCAGUGAUGAUUCUACUGAAAGGGGAACAUGCGAGAUCAAAUUUACAAUUCCUACAGACAUUAAGAAGACAGUAUACAUCAAUUACAUGUUAGAAAAUUUUGCAGCAAACCACAGACGUUAUGUUCUUUCAUUUAGUGAGGACCAAAUUAGAGGCAAAAAAGCAUCUUAUAGUGAUGUCCAUGAAGCCGCUGGUAUAAAUUGUAAACCUUUAUCACGGAAUAGUGAGGGAAAACUGUAUUACCCAUGUGGUUUGAUUGCAAACUCUAUGUUUAACGAUAGUUUCCCAAUGGAGUUGAUUAAUCUUUCGGAUACAAGCCAAAAUUAUUCUUUGACAAAUAAAGGUAUCAACUGGGCUUCGGAUAAGAAGAGAUACAAGAAGACCAACUACCCUAUCGCAGAUAUUGUACCACCUCCAUUCUGGGAAAAACAAUUCCCUAACGGUUACAAUGAAUCUAAUUUACCUAAUAUUCAGGAAUGGGAAGAAUUCCAGAACUGGAUGAGACCAGGUGCAUUCCACAAGAUUACCAAGUUGAUUCGUCGUAAUGAAAAUGAUACUUUGGCCGCUGGUGAAUAUCAAAUCAACAUCGGCCUACAUUGGCCAGUGACCCAGUUUAACGGUAAGAAGGGUAUUUAUGUGACCCAUGGGUCCACUCUCGGUGGUAGAAAUAGUUUCUUAGGAGUUGUAUACCUGAUCGGUGGUUGUAUUAGUGUCGCCAUGGGUCUUGUCUUACUCGGAGCAUGGUUGUUCAGUGGUAGAAAAGUUGCUGACCCAAGUGCACUCUCAUGGAAUAGAACUCAUUAA